AUGACAGAAGAGUAUCAGAGUGAAUGGGACAAAAGAAGAUAUAUACCCAAGCCUGGUGAGCCUGCAUUACCUCCACAGCUCACAGAAUAUGCCGAGAAGAGCCCCGGUGAAGUGAUGGAAGAGUUAAAUCGGUUACCGUUCUUCAUGACCACAUUGGAUGAAACCGAUGGUGAUGGUGGAGAUAACGUUAAUUUGGAAGCCCUCAGAAGUCUAGCAUACGAAGGAGAGCCCCAUGAGAUCGCAGAAAACUUCAAGAACCAAGGAAAUGACCAUUACAAGGCUAAGAACUACAAGACUGCUGUGGAGUUCUAUACCAAGGGAUUGGACGUUGAAUGUGAUCGCAAAGACAUAAAUCAGGCCCUUUACUUGAAUAGAGCUGCCUGCAACUUGGAGUUGAAGAACUACAGAAGAUGUAUUGAAGACUGUAAGAAGGUGCUUCUUGCAGAUGAGAAGAAUGUCAAGGCUUGUUACCGGUCCGGUAGAGCAUUGUUUGCAGUUGCUAGACUCGAUGAGGCAAAACAAGUGUUGGAAUAUGGAUUGACUAUUGAUUCCGAAAACAGACCCAUGAAAGAGGUGUUGGAAAAAGUAGUAGCGAAGCAAAAACAGAUCCAGGCUACCAAGGAGAGAAAAGAACGGGAAGAAAAGGAGAAAGAAAUGAAGCAUACUAUCCUCAUGCAUGCCAUGAAGCUAAGACAUAUGAUGGUGAUCAAGUCCAGAAGACCGGCAGAGCUCUUGGAACAAGCAACCAUACGCUUGGAAGACCCCGCAGAUUACGAGUCACAGCUUGUUUUCCCAGCCAUGGUGUUGUAUCCUACUACUGAUGAGUUUGAUUUUGUUCAAGAAAUUGGCGAGCUUACUACACCAAAUGAACUUUUAACAACGGUUUUGGAAAGGCCAGCUUCCUUCUUUGAGGACCCCAAACACAAGAACUUUUCUGUCAAAAACAUGCAGUGUUUCUUGGAAACCGAAGCAGGAGGUUUGAUCAAAGUGGGCAAAAAUGUUGCCCUUAACGAAGCAUUGAUGAAAGAAAGCCCCAAGAUUCCAUUGUUUGACAACGCCUUGAGGAUGUAUACAGUUCCAAAGCAAGAAUCGGCUGACUGGUUAUCCAAAUGGAAUAAGGAAGCCGUUCUUGCUAAAAGAGCAUUGUAAAUUAGACAUUCAUUAUAGUACAUAAUAUACACUUCAUUCGGUCUACCUCAUUUUUGAAAGACAUCAUCAGCAUUGAAGGGUUGCAAACUCCCAAAUAUAUCGUAUGGGUUCAUUUCUUUGCUGUCUUUCACCAAUCCCCGUAACACUGGCAUCUCAGCCCAUGGUUUCAAUACGAGGCCAGAGCUAUCAUCACUUCCAAUAUGUGGAAGCACAGGACUUGAAGGAUCAUGGUGGAUCGCUUUUAGCUUAUCUGGAAGUUUAGGAGACACUGCUGGUGCCUUUUCCAUGUCAGACUCUUUGGAUCGUAUGAUCUGGGGUCUAGCCGCGUCUGGAAGAGCAACUGCAUUACCUCGCAAUUGCCUUCUCUUCUGGAUAGUGGUCAAAACUGGUGCAGUAUCUACCCGGUGUUUCAAAGCAGUUGAUGUGGACGAUGCUCGAGCCGAUAGGGAAGAAGGCCUAUUCGAAUGUGGAGCUGUUUUCCCGUGCUUCAUGCUGAUAACGAGCUUUUGCUUAGUCUUCGAAGUCAUAUCAGACCGUGGCAACACCAAAGACUUCUUCUGUAAAAGGGGGAUCCUUCGGGAGUCGAGAGACAUCUUUGGAUUCUCUGAAAGUUUUGGGACUUCUGGUAUGAUCAGCUGUUUGACAGGAGAUUGCUUUGAUUUUGGCGUAUGCCUCGAUAGCCUCGUAUUGGGUCCCAAAGUGGUAGUCAUGAAUUUACUCUUUCUUGGAUCGGUAGCUUUGGAAGUUUUGAUAGAUUUAGCAAUACUAGCACCAGUGGGACUCAUGAAUCGCGGAUGUUGAGCCUUGGCAGAGCCAGAAACAUCAACAGCACCACCUGUGGGCUUCGCGAUACUUCCUUCAAGUUUGGUGGGAGAUGGAGUAGAGGAAUUUGUGGUUGACAUUUCAGGAUUGAAGGGAGUUCUUAAGGCAGCUGGUGUCGAAAGCUUGGGAGCACCCAGGAUCUUAAGCAAGUCAACUUUUGAUCGAUGAACAUCAGCAUCCGGUGUAGCAGAAACUCUGUACGGAGACACCGAAACCUGUGGUUUACUCAAUCCUAUACUAGGAGUGUUGUUCACCAAAGGAUGUUUAGCUUCAGCUGUAUCUCGUAUGUGCAACUUCGGAGAGUUUGGCAUGAUAUUCAAAAGACCCAUUUCUGACUCAAAUAAAUUUCUUCUCUUGUCCGCCUUUUUAGUAACAGGAGAAGUUGUUGUUGGUGCCAUUUCAACAAAAGACGGAAACCUCUUUCUCCUCAUAGGUGACACAUUGUCAACACUUUUUGAAGCAAAAUUAACUGCCGAAACCGAAUUGGAAUUGGGCUUGCUUACUGGUUGCCGCUUUUCUCUGGAUAGCGUCGCAAUUGACUUCCUGUUGACCUUUGAUGCCGAAGACUCAAUAUUUAACGGCUCCCUUUUGGGCAACGGCACAAACGCAGGGGUUUUGAUAGGGGUUUUCACAGGAAGACGAGGGUUUGGGGUCUUCAACAUCGAGCUCGAGUGGAGUGCCACAUUGGGAGGUUUUUCUGCAUU